CAGGGCGUACUCGAUCUGCACGCAAGGUGUGUGACUUACAGAUGCACCAACUAAUACAACUCAAUGCAAGAAACUAUUUGUUUCUAUACUUAAAACAAGGACAGGAUGGGUCCCAAAACAUUGCUGUAUCUUUCUACGGUGUUGUGUUUGCUUAACGCAGGAAGGAUAGUGUUAGCCGUAACGGCCGAGCCACCAACGCUAGCUGCAGAGAUAUUAACUCCAGAGUCGGAUCGUCAGGAGGGCGGGGAACUUCAUAUGAAGUGUACCGCAACUAACUAUGAUUUCAAGAUUUACACCUUGGAAUGGCAGAAGGACAAUAUUACUUUAAGACGCAAUGAAGAAACCAACACAUCCGACCCAAGGUUUAACUUCUCUACCAUACAUGACAUGCAUAUAGUAACCACUGAAUUACUGGGUAUAACUGAUUUAUAUCAGAAUGACUCCGGUACGUAUACGUGCAAUGUCGUCCUCAAAGAGACAAAUAGUAGCAACAUUGUAUCCUCAGUGCAGGUAAUGUUAUCCGUGUUUUACCUCCCCUUUCCUGUAUGCUCACCAGGAAACAUUUCAGUAGCCGCUGGAACGGAGUUAAAGCUACAAUGCUCAUCAGAGGUCGGUAACCAACAAGUUAAUAUAACGGUGUACCAGUUACAAACUAAUUCAAGUGUAUUUACAUGGUCAAAUGAAUCAUGUGAUGGUGAUACAAUAAUAUUGAGGUCUAACCUGACAGCAAACAUGACCAAUAAUGGAAUAACAUUCAUCUGCAUCGUUACUUCCCAGGUCUCUCCAUAUAUUAAUUGUUCCUGUUACAUUGGACCAAUUACUGUAGCAGAAUUAUCAAUGACGACUGAUACAACCCCACCAAUUAAUAACAAAACAACGAAAGCACACACACCCGGUAGAAACUCGGCAAUCAUUGGAAGUACGGCAGCUGCAGGGGUUAUCUUAAUCAUCCUCAUCAUAAUUCUUAUAAUACUCUGCCUGAGACGAGGCCUCUUUAACAAGAAACAGUCUUCUGAGAACAACACAAACCCAACGUCUACUGCCCACUUAGCCUCUCCUCUAGACAAGAUGGCGGAUUUGAGACGCACCAUGCAGAGAGUAGUGAAGCAGGCUCAUACACAGGUCCGGUAUCUGGACAUACUGAGCGACACUCAAGCACAACUUGUCCACGACGAGCAGAAGAACCUGAGUCUGGUCUGA